AGGCGAAAAAAAAUAAUGAACACCCCUAUUCGUAAUUAUGCGUCUUGUCUAUCAAAUUCAAAACCGUCAGAAAAACUUUAUGCCCUCUUGUGGUCCGCAAAAUAGCUUUCCGUCGUUGUUUCCGUCUCAUCGUCCUGUCGUUCUUGCACGACCUGCGUAUAAUAAUCCUAUCAGUUCUGCUUUGGGCCCAUCCACUGUGGCGCACCUGCCUUCGAGGAGUGCGAGAACGAUAGAGCAAUUGGUGCCCCACAGGUCCUGUGUAGUUGCGUCAUGCUGCGAGCAGAAGGGGCUCCAUCGAGGACAACAAGCCCGCUCGUACUCCGCGACCCUAGUCCGCCUUCCCAGCUUGCUCGAGAGAAUGGUACCAGCAGCACAGCAUUCGAGUGGCAGCAGCGCCACAGGGGCAACAACGUCCAGCACGAAGAAAGAAGCACGAGAAAUAAACAAGGAAGCAUUACCCACGGAGAAGGUGAAAACGUCAACCGCAAAUCAUCAUGCAGCAGCAGCAGCAGCAAUUGAUGCAACGACGGAUCAUGGCAGCGACUGCACAUCACCAUCAGGGACCUCUACGGCGAGCAGUCCUUUUUGUGCAGAGUUGUUUCAGGAACAAGACGAACGAGAUCAAACACGAUCCCACGACACGAUAGAACGAGAACCGACCAGCGAGCAAUACGAGCAGUGCGAAAUAAACCCCACUACCUUCGUCACGAAAAGGACCCCCUCUGUGACCAUCCUCGGUAUCCGCUCCCGGAAAUUCUUCGGGAAAGACGGCGCAGAAGAAGGUUUGCGGUUGUUCGAUUAUCAAAUGUAAAAAUGUCUGGGUCUGGAAACUUGUGAUGCUGGGUGGCGUCUCAUGAUGAGGCCACAAAUGCUGUCUCAGCAUGACAAGUUUCUGAGAUUCUAGGUGUUGCCUAUUCUGCAUGAAAAACUGCGUUUCUGCAUCACAGAAAAAUGAAGCUGUUGGGUAACGUGCAUGACAGAUUUAAGAGUUAUGCUAGACAAGCAUGACAAACAUGCAUUCUUCCAGGGCCAGACACUUUUGCACUUGAUAUCGAUCAGUUGAAGACAAAGUUUGCGAUCCAACGAAAAAUCCACUUGUUAAUCGGUCUGGAAAAGUGGCAACUCCAGAAAUUUCUCGACGAGAGCAAGAAGGGCGAGAUCCGGCACAGGAGGAACGUCCAGCACUUGCGGGAGUGGCGCCAUUUGUUUCAGUCGAACUACAGCAGUUUUAAGCAUAAACCAGAAUUCCUACCACUAUACCAGGUCGCUUUAUUGGAAAAGUACCCGAUUUCCGCGAUUUAUGAAAGCGUCAGGAUUGAAAUCCGCAAAGUUGAAAUAGUUUGUGCUGCAUCACAUGCUAGACGCAAAGUGCCUGUCUUGCAGAGCAGGCAACUGAUGCAGAUUAUAAGCCUGCUUCGGGUGUGAGAUAGAGCUGCUAAAAUAGCAUGACAAAAGCAGUCUUCCCUGCGCAAACAGCAUGACAAAGUGGAUUUCCGUGCUGCCAAAAUUUGUCAUGCGCCACUUGCAAACUGGGCUCCAGCUGGUAUCGCUUUUUUGCAUUACAGAUUAUUUCAACUCUGACGAUUUCGAUCCUGACACUUCCAUACGAUUGAUUUCGAGGAAUCCAUGUUCUACGACAGUCUUUCCCGUUAUGGAAGUGUCAGAAUCGAAAUAUGACAAAAUCGAAAAGUUUGCGAUGCAUGAAAUCGAUACCAGUUGGAGCCUCAGUUUGUAAGUGGCGCAUGACACAUUUCGGGAGCACCCAAAUCCAGUCUGUCAUGCUAGUUGGGCAAAGAAGACUGCCCCUGUCAUGCUACUCUGGCAGCACAUUGCAUACCCCUAAAGAGGCUUCUAAUCGGUCUCAUUUGCCUACUCCCCAAUACAGGCCUCCAGUGCGCUACAUUUUAUGCAUCACAAAUUUUUCGAUUUUGUCGACUUCGAUCCUGACACACCCAUACCCGUGCGAGUUUCGCUUUUCCGGUCGAAGCCAUUUACUGGUUCUUCUACGAACGGCUAAUUCUCUCCACAAACCUGUUCACGAACAACGACUUGUACCGUGCGCUGAUGCUGCGGAGAGUGCCGAACCUGGCGAAAAUCUACUUCUAUCAAAUGUAAAAAUGUCUGGGUCUGGAGGAAACUUGUGAUGCUGGGUGGCGUAUCAUGAGGAAGCCAUAAGUGCUGUCUCAGCAUGACAAUUUUCUGAGCUUCUAGGUAUUGCCUAUUCUGCAUGACAAACUGCGUUUUUGCAUGACAGGAAAUUGGGGCUCUUGGGUAACCUGCAUGACAGGUUCAAGAGUCAUGCCAGAGAAGCAUGACAAAUCGCGCAUUCUUCCAGACCCAGACAUUUUUACACUUGAUAACUUCUACGAACGAGCGCACUACAUGGCGGCGAAGUGCUAUUUAUGCACUGCAAAUAUGUGGUCUGGGUCUGGAAAGUUUGAACUUGUAAUGCUGGUCUUACAUUCCUGUGAAAUCUGUAUUGCAUGACCAACAAAUAAAGCCGUAGCUCAUAAUACAGAAAAGCAGUUUCUCAUGCGGGAUUCGUAUGAGAAAGCGCUGUGGAAAGUUGUCAUGCUUGGCCGCAGGCGAAAGAGUUUGCAUCAUCCACAUUUUAGCAUUAGAACUUUCCUGACCCAGCCAGGCGUAUUUGCAAUCCAUACUACUUGUACUGUUUCGACGAGGCCGACGACAACACGAUUGUCAUGGACUUGGCUGGCGGAGUGAAGCAAUUCGACGAGAAAUUCCGGUUAUGCAUUGCAAAUAUGUAGUCUCCUGGGUCUGGAAGAGCUCAAGCUUGCGAUGCAUGCUGGGGGUCACACAAAGAUCUGUGUUGCGUGACUGCCAAGAGUUGCCAGUUUUUGUCAGGGUAGGAUGGAGUUUCUCAUGCAGAAUAGGCACGAUAAUGAUAAAGACCACAAAAAAUCUGCUAUGCCAGGCCCUGCAUUACAGAGUUCAUGAAUUACUUUGAAGACCUGCAUGACAAACCUUCGACUCUUCCAGACCCAGACACAUUUGCAUUAGAUACUGCUGGACUGACGGAAAUUUCUACGUGCGGGGGAAAAUUAACAAAAACCCACUAGCCGGAGCGAGGUUAGUGCGGGUGUCCAGCCGGAACACGGAUGUCAUGCUGAAGUCGCCAGACAGGAUCCGGGAGUGGUUCGAGCACCAUUCCUAUGCAUUGCAAAUGUGUCUGGACAUCUGGAAAAGUGCAACUUGUGAUGCUGCAUUUGGAUGCUAAAAAAAAUCUGUAUUGCGUGAGCAGCAAGGGGAGUCGAAUUCGGCUACGCGGAGAGAGCAGUUGUCAUGCGGGAUGCGCAUCGAUAAGCGCUCAAAAAAUCUGUGAUGCUAAGGCAUACAGCACAGACAUCGCGAAUCCUGGAAAAUGUGCAUGACAAGCAUGCCCUCUUCCAGACCCAGACAUAUUUGCAUUUGAUAUGUCCUCCGACGGGGCUUUCGAAAACCAGCCGGAAGAGGUAUCAGAAUGAAAAAUCCCCCCUCCCCAUAUCGAAACGAAGUUUCUGAUGCUGGAUUUGCGUACACAACUCAGAUUUGCCUUGCUGGCGAGGACUGCAGGCCCAUAUCAAGCCUGAGUAGACAGGUCUUGGCCUUGGCACUUAGCAUGACAGACGUCUACGCUGUAGGAGCAACAGCAUCACAAACUGCCUGGAGACUGCUGCGGAGCCUGUGGAGUUGCCUUCAUGCAACACCAAGACGAUCUGUGGUCACAAAUCAGCAGCACAAUCGUGCCUUGUCAAUAUGGGGAAGGGGGAUUUCGAUUUCUCCUCGCGAUAAGAGGUGACUUGCGUGCUGCGCAAGGACGGAUUCAGUUCUGGUUCCGGCGGAUCUUCCUGGGGCGAGAGCGAGAAGGAGCGGCUGCAAAGCGUCUGGGCGGAAUUUGACGAGUAUGGGAGAAGGGUACGGGAAAAUAAACCAAAAGAGAAACCCUCUUGUACAACUUCGCCGUGGGGUGGCGGUGAACAAACAGGAUCAGCUUCAGCGUGUACUAGUGCUUCAUCAACCGCAGAAACGGGGGGUGAAAACCAAGACGAAAACCCGCAUGAGAAAGAAGGAGAAGAAGAGUUCAAACAACAGCAGCAAAAUAAAUCUCACCACGUGAUGUUCGUCUGCGAGGAGAUGUUUCAGCCGUUGAUUUUGGAUCACAUGGAGAAGAUCGACAGUAUCCAAACGGUAUGCAUUGCAAAUAUGUCUGGGACUGGAUGAAGAGUUCGGAUUUGUGAUGCGAAGUCUACAUCAUGACAAAAUCUGUCAUGCAUGGCUGGCAAAAGACCCCUGCUCUUGUCACCGAAAGAGGGGACUUGUCAUGCGAAUUAGGCAUUGGGGUAGGGGAACCUGCUCAAAGUCUGUGAUUCUAGAGCUUACAUGCCAGACGAGCUAGGUCAGGCAGGAACUGCAUGACAGAUCUCACAUUCUUCCAGACCCAGACAUUUUUUCAUUUGAUAGACGGCGAUGAACAUUUUGCAGCUCUACGAAGACCGGUGCUACAAACAACCACCAUGUUUGCACUUCUGGUGGUACGCGUUCAUCUUCCUGUACAUGCUGGUCCCGUUGCACAUCUUUGUUUUCCUCUUCGUCCUGAACAGCGGGUUUCGGAUUUGGGACGACUUUUUCAGCUACAAACUCAUUGACGGGUUUUCGAGAAAUUGAGGAAGGUUUUUUGUCGAAAUAAACGUUCAAUUUUGAUUUUCUGAGAAAAAGAAAUCGCUUUGGACGCAAAGAAGACAACCUGGGACACAGACAGAUGGAUG